AUGUCGAGAAGAAAUGCGAGGGAACGGAAGCGAGUGCGUGUAGUCAAUGAUAUGCUGAAAAUUCUUCGAGAUAAAUUACCCGAAGAAUGGACCAGUAAAAAGAUGAGCAAAUUGGAAAUUCUAAAAAAGUCAACUUUAUACAUUAGCCGCCUUACGGAUUUAACUAAAGAACAAUCCUCUGCGAAUGGGACCAGGCACAAUACCGAAAAUCAAAGGUCGCACUCGGAGGGCUUUUAUUCUGGACAGGGGAGAGCAAUGGACAGGGUGGAUCGUGGUAGAACAGAGAGAAUCUCUACUCCAACAAGACGAGGGGGGAGUGUUUCAUCUGAAGAAAUGAUGGACGAGGCAGGUUUCAGCACGACCGAUUCAGAGACUGGAGAGAAUAACUAUCUCUUAGAUUCGUUCGACGGAUUUAAUACGUCCGAGGAGUUGAUGCAUGUUGGUACCUUUAACAGAACAUGA